AUGGUCGACAGAGCCUAAGUUUUUCAACUUAAUUAUCUUGAUCCUGAUUAUUUUCACUCAGAUUCAGGCUAACAGAUUGAUAACCAUUUCGUGUGCUCAGUUUGCCUUGGAGUUGUCUUAGAACCAUAAUAGUGUGGAAAAUGCGAGAGAGCCUAUUGCAAGGGAUGCUUAGUAGAGGGAGCAUAAUGUCCAAACAGAUGUGGGAGUUCAGAGUACAAAACUCUAGGACGAUUCGCUCUAAAUCAUCUAAAUUCAUGCUAAUUCAAAUGCUAGUAUGCUUCCUGCAAGACUAUUACCAAGUAUGAAUAAUAUUAAAAGCACGUUCAGGAUUGUGAUGAAGGAAAAAAGAUGUGCAACAACAAAUUCUGCAAUUAGUAGAAGGGAGAACAAGCAAAAGAACUUGAAUAAUUAAAAGAAAGCAUUGAAAAUUAUGAGACAACACUAUAGUAAAAAUCAAAUAUGGUUGAUUCACUUAGAAGUUAAAUUUCAGAAUAUAAGUAAAUGGUAAAAGAUCUUUAUAACUAAAAGGAUAAGUCCACUGAUAGCCUUAAAGUGUAACAAUAACUAUAACUCAAGGUAGUCUAACUAGAAUCAGAAAAGAAAGAGUACUUAUCAUAAAUAGAAAGCAUUUCAUUAAAAGUCAAGUAGCUAUCAGAAAAUAAACUAAAAGACCCAACAACCAUAAAGUGCCCAAAUAACCAUUUACUCAAAAUGAAAGACAAGCAUCCAAACAUUCAUUCAACUAAUAUCAUGUGUGAUAUAUGUCGCAAAGAUCAUAUUGACAAGCAAUUAAUAUUUUUCAAAUGUGAUAUGACUUGCGAUUUUGAUAUGUGCUCAAGUUGCUACAUAUUGCAUCUAUUUAAUCAAACUGCUACCAUUGAGAGAGUAAAAGAAGCAGUAAUAAGAAACUAGGAAAGAGCAAGACUUUCGCAAGCUAUAGAGCAAAUAAGAGUCAUAUCAUUAUUAUCUAAACUAUAGCAGUUAUGA